AUGGCGCAGGGAUGUAGCGAUGCAGUGGUGCAGAGCAGAGCAAUGACAGGAAGUGAGGGCAGAGUUGAGGAGAGGGUUACUGGAGGAGAGGGUGGAGUGCAAGGCAUUCUGUGCAUGCUUGGGCUGUGGGCUCACAUGUCUUACCAGCAGCACGUGGAGGAAGGUGCAAACGAGACAGUAGAGGCGGGGCCAGGCAAAGUGGCAGGGGGGGGGAGGGUGGGGAGAAGGGGUGCAUGGGGAGGGUGGGGAGAAGGGGUGCAUGGGGAGGGUGGGGAGAAGGGGUGCAUGGGGAGGGUGGGGAGAAGGGGUGCAUGGGGAGGGUGGGGAGAAGGGGUGCAUGGGGAGGGUGGGGAGAAGGGGUGCAUGGGGAGGGUGGGGAGAAGGGGUGCAUGGGGAGGGUGGGGAGAAGGAGUGCAUGGGGAGGUGGUGCAGUGGUGGGCGGGGGUGCUGCCAGCCGUUGCGGUCGAGGGGAGCGAGCAGCAGAGCGGCCUUGAGGCAGAGGCGGCAGGGCAGGGUGAGGAUGGAGAGGGCCGCGGCGUGCUUGAGGUUGCCACUGCUGUUGCAGAUGCGCCAUGCGUGGUAGUCCAGGUAUUGCGCUGUGAGAGAAGGGGGCAGGAGGAUGGGGCGGACAUGGCAAGAGGGAAGAGGUGUGUAAGUGGGGGAGGGGAACCCUCAAAAGACACGGUUGUACACCGGUACUGUGCCUGGGGGCAUGGGCGACAAGGGUGGUGCCUGGGGGCAUGGGCGACAAGGGUGGUGCCUGGGGGCAUGGGCGACAAGGGUGGUGCCUGGGAGCAUGGGCGACAAGGGUGGUGCCUGGGGGCAUGGGCGACAAGGGUGGUGCCUGGGGGCAUGGGCGACAAGGGUGGUGCCUGGGGGCAUGGGCGACAAGGGUGGUGCCUGGGGGCAUGGGCGACAAGGGUGGUGCCUGGGAGCAUGGGCGACAAGGGUGGUGCCUGGGGGCAUGGGCGACAAGGGUGGUGCCUGGGGGCAUGGGCGACAAGGGUGGUGCCUGGGGGCAUGGGCGACAAGGGUGGUGCCUGGGGGCAUGGGCGACAAGGGUGGUGCCUGGGGGCAUGGGCGACAAGGGUGGUGCCUGGGGGCAUGGGCGACAAGGGUGGUGCCUGGGGGCAUGGGCGACAGGGUGGUGCCUGGGGGCAUGGGCGACAAGGGUGGUGCCUGGGAGCAUGGGCGACAAGGGUGGUGCCUGGGGGCAUGGGUGACAAGGGUGGUGCCUGGGGGCAUGGGCGACAAGGGUGGUGCCUGGGGGCAUGGGCGACAAGGGUGGUGCCUGGGGGCAUGGGCGACAAGGGUGGUGCCUGGGGGCAUGGGCGACAAGGGUGGUGCCUGGGGGCAUGGGAGACAAGGGUGGUGCCUGGGGGCAUGGGCGACAGGGUGGUGCCUGGGGGCAUGGGCGACAAGGGUGGUGCCUGGGAGCAUGGGCGACAAGGGUGGUGCCUGGGGGCAUGGGCGACAAGGGUGGUGCCUGGGGGCAUGGGCGACAAGGGUGGUGCCUGGGGGCAUGGGCGACAAGGGUGGUGCCUGGGGGCAUGGGCGACAAGGGUGGUGCCUGGGGGCAUGGGCGACAAGGGUGGUGCCUGGGGGCAUGGGCGACAAGGGUGGUGCCUGGGGGCAUGGGCGACAGGGUGGUGCCUGGGGGCAUGGGCGACAAGGGUGGUGCCUGGGAGCAUGGGCGACAAGGGUGGUGCCUGGGGGCAUGGGCGACAAGGGUGGUGCCUGGGGGCAUGGGCGACAAGGGUGGUGCCUGGGAGCAUGGGCGACAAGGGUGGUGCCUGGGGGCAUGGGCGACAAGGGUGGUGCCUGGGGGCAUGGGCGACAAGGGUGGUGCCUGGGGGCAUGGGCGACAAGGGUGGUGCCGAGCCGACAGCCCCACUUUCAAUUGCUCUACCCUCAACGUGA